AAAUGUGUUCUACUACUUUUCAGGCUCACAGAUGACUUCAGUGUAACUGAGUUUGAAGAUGAAGACUUGUCUGAGCUGACAGAAAUGAAAGACCACGGCCUGGCACAUGACGAAGAUGCUGAUGAUGACGUGACAGAUCAACUGGCCAAUCAGCUCUCAGCUAGGGAGUGGAAGGGGUGUGUCUGCAGCAGCAGCCUGGAGCUGAUCGAUGCUGAGGAGACUGAGGAGGAAGAGGGAGCCGAGCAGAAGGUAGCAGAGGUGGGUGGGGGAGGAGGAGGCCUUGUCCGGAAAGAGGAGCAGCCCCUAAUAUUGAGCUGGGAGCAGGGGGGCACAGGGCCACCAACCUGUUCUACGGUCAUGGACAAAUACAGACCAAAGAGGCCCACCACUUUGGCUCUGUUCCCACAACAGCCACAAGCCGGCUCCCAGGACACUAUAAACAACAAUUCUCUUGGUAAAAAGGACAGUUGGAAAGACUCUCACUCAUCCUCGCCACAUAUCACAGGGGAUCAAACACCACCGGGUGCCCAGUCCAAAGCCGAGGCCAAGGUCCGACCCAGCACCCGUCGCCCGGCCCCCAAACCCCCUGUAACCAAUGGAACUAACAGCAGAGCAAACGGACAACCUACCGCUGUUGCUACAACUGACACACGUGCACGGGUCAGAGAGAGACAGGGGUCCACCAAUGCAAGCAACCAAUCCCCCAGAAGCCAGCGCAGGGGAGGCGGAGGAGCAGGGACAGGGGGUAAAGGCACAGGACGGGGUGGACUGAGAGACAGGAACCAGACCGACUCAAAAGCAAAGGAUGGGUCAGGCAAGGAUGAGAGGAGAGGGGCACGGCUGUGUGAGGAGAAGUGCAGAGAUAAAGACAAGAAUGGACACUCCAGAAUAAGGGAGACAAUUGGACUGAGAGGCAGAGCAGAGGCCAAAACAAAAGCAGCCCCUAAAGCUCCCACCAAAGGAGCUGGAAGCAAAGCUAAUAAUAUGCUAAACAACCAUCAACCUUACCUGCCCGCCAUGGUGGUCCCUCGCACACCUGUUGCACCUAGAAAGAAUGACAAGAGCAAAGAGAAAGGCCAAAACCAUGACAGGAAACAGGAACAGCCACCUGCCCUGUCCCGCUCCAGCAGUGAAGGUGGCUCUAACAGAAUGUCCCUGAGCUCGGACACAGAGGGCCCCCCACCUGGACCCCUACACCCCUCUCUGUCCUACAACCCCAACCCAGACAUCAGCGAGGAGGAUGGUGAGGGAGAGCCCACCCCAUCUAAGAACAUAACACAGAACUGUCCUGAAGAAAAUACAGAACCCAAACCAGAACUAGAACCAGGAACCAUAGAACAAAAUAGCACUACUAUUACAGAGGACACUAAUGUGGUCCGGACUAUCCCAAAGAGUGAGACCACCGCAGGGCUGAACUAUGACUCUGUGAAGUACACUCUGGUGGUGGAUGAGAACUCUCAGUUAGAGUUGGUCAGCCUCAAGGACUGUUUGCACAGCUACAGUGAGCACAAAGAUGAUAGUGACACAGAGACAGUCUAUCAAUCAGCCAAUGAGGAAGAGGAUCCCGAGUACGAGGUGGAGAGGAAGAAGAAGGAUGAAGAGACCAAGAAGCAAGAGAGGAGGAAAGAGGAGGAGAGGAAAAGAAAGGAGGAGGAGGAUUUGCAGCGGAGGAGGGAAGAAGAGGUGAAGAGAAGGAGGGAAGUAGUGGCUACUUUUUACAAACAUCCCAGAUUCAGAUCUACAACAACCUCAGAAGAAGACCAGUCCAAAGAGGGCAGGGCCACAGCACCGCGCAGCAAAAAGUUCCUCAACCUUUUUGGAGGUGACAGCGAUUACAGUGAAACAGGUGCCAGCUCUUUUGGAAUGUUUUCCUGUGUUUUGAAUGGAGUGGAGCGGCAACAGAGCCACAGAGCUGUCUACAGGUUUGUUCCUCGCCAUGCCGAUGAGCUAUACUUAGAGACAGACGACCCAGUGCUCAUCCUGAAACAGUCCGAAGACUUAUGGUGUCAGGGCUACAACAUGAGGACAGGAGCCACUGGCAUCUUCCCUGCUUUCUAUGUGGUCAAAGUGUCCAAAGAUAUUAACAAUGCCCCAAAAGAAGGCUGGCUAGAGCAGUUUAUGGUUCGCUUCCUUGGAUCCGUCCAGGUGCCAAUUUUCAAAGGCAAUGAUGUGCUCUGUGCUGCUAUGCAUAAGGUGGCGUGUAACAGGCGACAGGCGGGACAGCCCCCCUCUGCUUGUGUGCUGGAGGUCAGUGUAAAAGGGGUGAAGAUUAUCGUGCAGGAUCAGUGCCAGUCUGCUCACAGGGGGGACCAGUGCUUUAAUUUCUUCCAGUUGAAAAACAUUUCCUUUUGUGGAUGCCAUCCAAAACACAACAGAUAUUUUGGUUUCAUCACCAAACAUCCUGACCAACAUCGCUUUGCCUGUCACGUGUUGAUGUCAGAUACAACACUGCAUCCUCUGGCUGAAUGUGUAGGGAGAGCGUUUAAACAAUAUUAUAAGCAGAAUAUUGGCUACUCAUGUCCUACUGAAGACAUCUUCAUUGAGUAAGACCACACUGCCUUCUCACUGCGCGCAUGUAAGCUUGGUCUUACACCUCUAAAGAGAACACUACUUUCUCUGACUCUGCAUGGUGGAUUUUUUAUUUACAUUGGGAUAAAACACACAAUCCCUGACUUUGUUGACUAGUUAUAUCUCUGGAUAUUAAUGGUAUGACCAGGGAUAUCCUCACAUUUAACAAGAAUUCACCUGAAUUUAACAUGUUUAUAAUCAUAAGAAUAUGUAUUGCUUUAUGAUAGUAUAAUCCCAUUGGAGAUUGAACCAUCACUAGUUAUAUAGUAGAUGAUUGUUUUGCAUAAUUUGUAUGGAACAUUAUUCUGUGUUAAAACAAAGCAACAAUACAGAAGAAUGA